AUCGGCUGUGUGGAGGAGUAUAGGCUGUGCUGUCAGCCCAGUGUCAGUCUGAUGAAGAUUGGCAUGCAGGCUCUGUGUGGAGAGUUGGAUCGAGGGCCGCGGAGCAGAGACUGAAAGCUGCUGCGUUGCUGUGGACAAGCCAACUUCUAAAUGUGAAGCUAUCCCAUGAUGCAACAUGCGUCCCCAGCACCUGCAGUGACAAUGAUGGCCACCCAGAGCGUUCCUCCACCAUCGUACCAGGAGAGCCAACAGAUGACGGGCACCACUCAGCAGAACGCCAAGACCCCACAGGUCCACAUCCCAGCAGCCUCUGCAGCAGGAAAUACCUCCGUCAGCGUGACCCUUGACCCCCAGGCCCAGCUCGAGUCUGACAAGAGGGCCGUUUACAGACACCCGUUGUUCCCCCUGCUGGCGUUGUUGUUUGAGAAAUGCGAGCAGGCCACGCAGGGAUCUGAAUGCAUCACGUCAGCCAGCUUCGAUGUGGACAUUGAGAACUUUGUGCAUCAGCAGGAGCGAGAACACAAGCCCUUCUUCAGUGAGGAUCCAGAGCUGGACAACUUGAUGGUAAAGGCCAUUCAGGUGUUGCGAAUCCACCUAUUAGAAUUAGAGAAGGUCAAUGAGCUCUGUAAAGAUUUCUGCAAUCGUUACAUCACCUGCCUCAAGACCAAGAUGCAUAGCGACAACCUCCUCCGUAACGACCUCGGAGGACCUUAUUCCCCGUCACACACCAGUCUCAACGUGCAGCAGGAACUAAUUCAGACCUCCUCUCCAUCCAUGACCUCUAUCUCCAGCUCUGUUAACCCUUCAGGGAUAUUGGUGCCCGCCGGGGGUCUGCAUCAGGGCAAUGUCGCCAUGACUACCAUCAACUCUCAAGUGGUCUCGGGUGGGACCCUGUACCAGCCGGUUGCCAUGGUGACAUCACAAGGGCAGGUGUUAACGCAGGCGCUGCCGCCGGGAACCAUCCAGAUCCAGAACUCACAGGUAAACCUGGACCUGUCGUCCCUGUUGGACAGCGAAGACAAGAAGUCCAAGAAUAAGAGGGGGGUCCUGCCCAAACACGCCACCAACAUCAUGCGCUCCUGGCUCUUUCAGCAUCUCAUGCACCCGUACCCGACAGAAGACGAGAAAAGGCAGAUCGCGGGACAAACUAAUCUCACGCUUUUACAAGUGAACAACUGGUUCAUCAAUGCUCGGCGGCGUAUCCUGCAGCCCAUGCUGGACGCCAGUAACCCGGACCCGGCUCCUAAAGCCAAGAAGAUGAAGUCCCAGCACCGCCCCACUCAGCGCUUCUGGCCCGACUCCAUCGUGGCCGGAGUUCUGCAGUCGCACCGGUCAGGAAACAACUCGGACAACCCGCUGAGUAUGGACAGCCUCCAGUCGCUGUCCUCGGACUCGGCCACCCUGGCCAUGCAGCAAGCCAUGCUGGGAGCCGACGACUCCAUGGACGGCACCGAGGAGGAGGAUGAAGAGGAAGAGGAAGAAGAGGAGGAGGAAGGGAUGGAGGAGGAAGAGGAGGAGGAGGAGGAGGAUGCCGAGGAGGAAAUUGACAGGGGGAGGCUAAUGUCCAGCGGGGGAGGAGGAGGAGGAGGAGGAGGAGGAAGGAGAGAUCUGCGCAUGGAGCACAGGGAGGAACUAGAGUAG